AUGUCGUCCUCGUCGCUCGCGUCCGCGAACGCCGCGUUCGCCGGCGUCGCGUCGCCGCUCGCCGCGAAGCGCGACGGCGUCGCGCGCGCGGGCGUCCGCAAGGGCGUCGGUCCCGCGCUCGCGCGCGCGCGCGACGACGCCGCGUCGUCUCCCCGCCCCGCGUCCUCCGUCGAUCGCGGCCACGCCUCCGUCGACUCCACCCCGCGCGAGAAGAUGCGCGCGCUCGCGUCCUCGAUCGCGGCCGCGUGCGUCGUCGCGAACGUCGCCAUCGCGCCCGCGGCGCUCGCGAAAGCGGUCGUGGACGAGCUCUACGCGUCGUCGUCCUCGAACGCGCCCCCGGACUUCGUCGUCGACCUCGCGGGCGCGGCGCCGCUGUCGGGGGACGCGACGCGUUCGCUCACCGCGGAGGAGAUCAGCGAGAUCGCCGCGUCGCUCGCCGCGGAGGAUCUGUACGCCGCGCAGAAGGCGAAGCAAACGAAGCGCGUCGCGAAGCAGACGAACCCCGCGCAGAAGGCCAAGAAGACGGCGGCGGCGUCGUCGUCGUCGUCGGCGGCGGCGGCGAAGAAGAAGCCCGCGGCGAAGAAGACGGAGUUCACGCUGAAGGCGGACUCCGACGCGUCGGCGGCGUACGCGAAAGCCGUCUCCGGCGGCGACGCGACGAAGAAGAAGGCGAAGAAGGCGACGCCCGCGGCGAAGAAGCCCGCGCCCGCGCCCGCGCCCGCGCCCGCGGCUGAGAAGAAGGAGGUGAAGAAGCGCGUCGAGCCGCCCAAGCCGCCGGACGCCGCCGCGCGGGCCGCCGCGGAGAAGGCUGAGAAGGUCGCCGCGAAGAGGGCGGCGAAAGCGCGCGCGGAGGCGACCGCGGCGAAGCGCGCGGAGAUCGAAAAGGCGCGCGCGGCGAGGGACGCGGAGAAGGCGGCGAAGGAGAAGGCGGCCGAGGCGGAGGCGAAGAAGAAAGCCGCCGCCGCCGCCGCCGAGGCGAGGAAGCCCGCCCCGGCGCCGCCCGCGCCGAAGCGGACGCCGACGCCGACGCCGACGCCGGCGCCGACGCCGGCGCCGGCGAAGGCGAAGGCGAAGACGCCGCCCGCGCCCAAGCCGAUCGAGAAGAAGGAUGCGAAGAAGCGCGAGGCUCCGGCUCCCGCGCCGAAGCCCGCGCCGCCGAAGUCCGCGCCCGCGGCGGCUCCGGCCCCUAAGCCCGCGCCCGCGGCUCCGGCCCCGAAGCCCGCGCCCGCGGCGAAGCCCGCGAAGGACACGGCGAAGUACGACGCGUACAAGGCUGGCGCCGCGGAGCGCGAAGCGGCGAAGGCGCAAGCGGAGAAGGCGAAGGCGGAAGCGGCGAAAAAAGCCGAGCUCGACAAGGCGAAAGCCGCGCGCGCCGCCGCCGCGGAGAAGGCGCUCCAGGAGAAGGAGCGCGCGGAGGCGGACGCCGCGAGGAAAGCCGCCGCCGCGAAAGCGAAGGCGGAGGCCGAUAAGGCGAAAGCCGAGCGCGCGGCGGCGACGGAGAAGACCAAGGCGGCGGCGGAGAAGGCGAAAGCCGAACGUGCCGCCGCGGCUGAACGCGCCAAGGCGGAAGCCGCCCGCGAGAAAGAAAUCGAAGCCCGCGCGCUCGAAAGAGCGAGGGCGGAGUUCGCGCGCGAGCGCGAUCUCGAGGCGAAGGCUGCGGAGAAGGCCAAGGCGGACGCCGCGCGCAAGGCGGCCGCGGAGAAGCUGCGAGCGGAACGCGAGAUCGAAGACGCGAAGAAGGAGAAAGCGCGCGAAGCCGCGAGGGCGAAAGCCGCGGCCGCCGCGGAGAAAGCGCGCGAGGAGCAGGAGCGCGUCAACGCCAAGGCCGCGGCCACCGCGGAGAAGCAAGCGGAGGAGAAAGCGAAGGCGAAGGCGGAGUUCGAGAAGAAGAAAGAAGCAGCCGCGGCGGUCACGAAGGCGAAGCUCGAGGCGGAUAAGAAAAUCGCGGAAGAACUCCAAGCCCCCGCGCGCGCGGCGGCGGCGGAGCGACAAGCCGCGAUCGCGGCGAAACAAGCGGAAGAAACCGCGCGCGCGAACGCGCUGAAAGAGAAGGUCGCCGCAGAGCGCGCGGCGGCGAACGAGGCGGCGAGGGCGAGACGCGCGGCGGAGGAAGCGGCGUCGAACGCGCGCGUCGCCGCGUUGGUGUUGCGGACGGAGAACAAAAACGUCCUCACCCCGGAGGUGAGACGCGAGAAGAUCGUCGCGACGUUGUCCGCCGCGGCCGAGGCCGGGGCCGGGGCCGAGGCCGGGGCCGCGGCCGGGGCCGGGGCCGGGUCCGUCGUCGCCGCCGAGUCCACGGCGACCGUCGUCGACGCCGAGGGAAGCGACGUCGCCGCCUCCGCGGAGGCGACGGCGCCCGUCGUCGUCGCAGAAGCGUCCGCCUCGGCGCCCGACGCGCUGCCCGCCGCCGUGGAGAAGGCGCUCGAAAAAACCGAGGAAAAGGCUGCCGCGCUCGCGGAGGCGAAAGCCGCGCGCGAGGCUGAGGCCGCGGCGAAGUCCCCGAUCCUCGCGCGGUCGCAGGAGCGCGUGAACCAGCUCCUCGCGAAGACGAACGAGGAGAAGGCGGCCAAGGAGGCGAGGGACGCCGAAGCCGCGGCGAAGCGAGACGCGUCGCGGCGCGCGGCGAAGGAAGCGGUCGAUCUCGCGAAGCGCCGCGAGGAGCAGCUGCGGAAGGAGACGAACGAGAAGGCGGUCAAUCGCGCGGCGGCCGCGCGCGAGAUGCAGGAGAACCUGCGGAAGGACCAGGCUGCGAAACUCUUCGCGGAGAAGCAACGCGCGGAGGAGCAACGCGCGGCGGCGGAGGCGGCGGCGCGGGACCGGAAGGCGCGCGCGAGGGACGCGCUCACCCCGGCGUUGCCGGUGCGCGCGCCGGCGCCGGAGGCUGCGCCGUCCGUCGUCGUCUCCGCGCCCGCGCCCGCGGCCGCGCCGGUCGUCGUCGAGGCGCCGACGCCGCCGGCGCCGCCGCCGGCGGCGGCGAAGAAAGAGAAGAAGGAGACGAAGCGAGAGACGUCGAGGCGGGGGGAGUUCGGCCUGGACGCGAAGGAGGAGAGCGAGGACACCGCGGCGCCGUUCGCCUUCGUCGGCAUCCUGCUCGCGGUGUACGUCUUCCUGCUGAACGAGGAAGACGAUUGA